CUGACCGGCACAGUCCCAUUUAAAGGGUUUAUUUGUCAAGCCAGGUCUUCAGUCAACGGCUUUGAUACAACUGGGGCACUAACGUCAUCAGAAACCGACGAUGGGAGGACAACUAACAAUUGUGCAGGGAAAGCCUCGUUAACCCAUAAAGACGCGAUGAAGAAAACUUCCGUCACUUUUACAUGGACACCGGACAGUUCAAAGACGGAUAUGGUCUAUAUUGUCUGUACGAUUGUUCAGCAGAAGACAACUUAUUGGGUCAAACAAUAUAUAGAAAUCGAUUACGCAGGCACGAACCAAUGUACGCCAGAUGGGGAUGUAAGAGGUUUACCAACAAGCUGUUCUGAUUCCUCCACGUGUGAUACACAAUUUACUUCGUCGGUAUGUGACACUACUGCCGACGCCGACGGACAAUGUGUUUGUCCAUCUGAUAUGGAGGUCGCUGGUCCGACGCACACAUACUGCUCGCCAAAAGGUCUGCCAAAAGCUUGCAGUGAUAGAAACUCCUGCGAUGUGUUUUUCAAAUGGUCAAUAUGUGACGCUAAUGCUGACGACGAUGGCCAAUGUGUAUGUCCGUCGAAUAUGAAGAUUGCCGACGCUUCCAAUAAAUACUGCUCGCCUAAAACGUUAAAUGACGUAUGCACGAGUACGUCAGACUGUGGGGGCGUGGCUAAUGCAGAAUGUAUAGAAGGCCGGUGUAAACUGAAUGUUUGCACGGCAAACACAGAUUGCACGGGAACAAAUGGAAAUCAGUGUGUUGAGGGGAAGUGUACAAGCGGAGCGAGAUGUACUUUAUUCAGCAUGAUCAGUUUGGUAGUAUGCUGUCUUUUCCUAUAUUGCCAGAAUGCGAUAAAUAGUUGAGCCAGCAAACGGCACUUGAAAUGGCACAGUUGUGUAGGAGAUUAUUUGACAUGUAUAUAUUAAGUCCAGAGCUUAAAGACUGUUAUGCAUUGCUUAUAAAUCGCAGUUAAGGAUACUAGUGCAAUUUAUUUAAGUCUUUAUUAGUUAUUACAUGUUAUUUCAACCGAAAUCCUGUUUACUUUGAUAUGCACGAUAAAUUAGGUUAAAACACAAAGCUAUAUGUAUACAAGUCGCUAUAGUUAAAGCCAUUGCUUUGCAAUAUAAAAACAAAGGCACCGAUUUGUAUAACGGAAAUUCAUUUCAGUGGAUAUAAAUCUCUAUUUGUAUCCAAAACAUAUUUGAGCCGUGCCAUGACAAAACAAACAUAAUGGGUUUGCGAACAGCAUGGAUCCAGACCAGCCUGCGCAUCCGCGCAGUAUGAUCAGGAUCAAUGCUGUUCGCUAUCAGUUUUUCUACUUGUUAUUUUGAAGCGAACAGCAUGGAUCCUGAUCAGACUGCGCGGAUACGCAGGCUGGUCUGGAUCCACGCUGGUCGCAAACCCAAUAUGUUGGUUUUGUCAUGACUUGGCUCAUUUGAUUUUAUACGUGUGCCACUUCAUUUUACCGAAAUAUGGCUUAUGUCCCUGAAAAAAAAACCGAAACGUUGUUAUUUAGUUUAAUCAGCGCUCAGUUGAAAUCUUUGACUAGAUAACUAAGAAAAACGCCAUUGGCAGUUCGGUCACCAUUAAGUUUUAAACUGAAGAUUACUUCCAUAAUACAGAAAAAACGGUAUCAGAGGUUAUUUUUUAGAGUUGAAUGCUAGUAUAUUAUUACAUUAUCAUAAGUUAAUUAUAAUUCAACUCCAAUCAUAAUUCUUCUGUCAGAAAUCGAUGAAAACGAGGCACUUAGCAUAAAUGUACAUUUCGAAACUUAAGAACACUAACUUUAAUUGCUUUCUUGAUGCACGUGGCAUUUCUUUGGCAUUUCUUUUUUUUUUACUUUACAUGUGAAAAAGAUAAUAAA